AUGUUAUCAUCAAAAGAAUAUUAAAGAUUUACUCAAACUCAGCUACCUGAAGAUCAAUCAAAUUUUGAUACUAGUAUAAAUAUUGAAUCACCAUAAUGCAAUAUUCAUUAAUAGAGUAUUACAAAUGUCUAUAUUAGAGAGAUUCAACUUCACUAUUUAAAACCCUACAUUAAGGACACAAAAUCAAAUAUAACUAAAAUCUUAAUCAUCUUACUAACAAUUAAAAUAUAACCAUGAGAAUAUCUAAUCCUAACUUACAAAAUCUUAUAUUAUUUAAGGAACACUCCUAAAUAAUAAACUUAGAAUGAAAAAUACCAAUAAAUUGCAUAAGAGUCAAAGUCAUAUAGAAAAUCUGUAAUUUCCUAAUACUUUUAAUAAAAUUAGAAGAAGAAGUGCUUGUGAAUUUCUUAGUGAUAAAUAAGUAUCUAAAAUUUUAUAUCUCUAGGUCAGAUUUGAUACUCUUUAUCCUACUACUUAUGUAGCAUUUCAUUAGUAAUAAAAACAAACUAAAAAAAAUGAAAUGAGAAAGAAAACUAUAUUUAAAAGAAUGUCUAGUAUUUUGAUUAAACAUUCUAAUAAUAUUAAAUCUUAAACUAAUAAUGGGCUAUCCUUAUCAAAAAAUUAAGAUGAAAUUUAGACUAAAUUUGAUGAAAAAUCAUCUAACAUAAUUCUAAAAUAAUUCUAACAAUAAAUUGGAUGUCUUAAAGAAACUUAAGAGUUAUUUUUAAAUAUGGAAAAUUCCUAAAAACUAUUAUUAUUAUAAGAAGAACUUAAAAAAUAUUCUUAAUCUCUUAAUAAUUCUCCUACUAUUAAAAGAAAUUCAAAAAAAUAAUAAACUGAGAGAUUUUUUGAUUCAUAAAAAGUAGUCCUUGAUAUAACUAAGAAAUAACGCAAGACAUUUACAUCUAUUCAGAAUUAUGUUAAUCAACAUUCUCAAACUAACUAAAUUAAAUCAAUAGGCAUUAUAAAGAAAUAAAUUCAUUUUCAAUAUCAAAAUUUAUAAAGUCUUACAGAAACAGAUGUUUCAUCCCCUAAUAAAAUAAUUUAAACUGCUCGUAAUUUUACACAUAUCAAAUCUCUAUCCAAUUUACCUGAUAUAAGAGAAGCUUCAACAUAAAGAUUAAAUAAUAAUCGAGUUUAAAAAAUUGCUGAAAAAGUCAAAAAUGUGUACAUAUUAAACAUGAAUAAACCAAAAUAAUUUUUAGAUAAAAUAAAAAUAUGA